AUGUCCCUUGUGCCAUCAUUGUAUGGAAGACAUCUGGCGAAGAGGCUUGAUACAUUCCUGGAGAUGGACCCAGAGUGGAAGUGGUGUCCUGCAGACCAGUGCAAGUUGGUUGUCAAGGCUUCUUCAUCACGGGUCACCUCAGGGAGGCAUCUCGCUUCUCUUGGUGCUGUCCAGCCGGUCCCAGUGGUAUGUGUCUGUGGUACCAUGUGGUGCUUCAAGUGCCAGGAAGAUGCCCACUGGCCUGCAACAUGUGAUGAGGCUCGCAUCUUUAGACAGAGAUAUGAAGGGUAUGCGAAAACGAUUAUAAACAGCCAAAGUAAUUCUUUGAUCACAACUGUAAAUGUCAAGAAUUGUCCAUUUUGCCACUACCCAAUAGAAAAAGGUCCUGGCUGUAACCACAUGGUUUGUGGUUUGUGCAGUCAGGAAUUCUGUUGGUGGUGCUUGCAAAAGUGGAAUUGGGAUCAUGUUUGUCAAGCCAAACACCAGGUGACGAAAAGAGAGGUGGAGCUACCAGUGGACACAAAACACUUAACAUCCUAUGAAUACUUUGCUGUAACAAGCCGAAUUGCCAGAUCAACAGCCCUGAUAAAUAAGGUGCACAAGAAACUGGACAGACUUGAACAAUCAAUAAAGAUUUAUGGGACAUUGCCACCUAAAGUAAAAGAGGAAAAACGAUGGAGUGGUUGUGCUAAAAGGCGAAUGAAUUACUUCACUGAGAACAACAGAGUCCAGGAUUUGAGAGAAGUGUUCAGUUUUAAAUUUCAGGCACUUCUUGCCUUGGAGGGUUUGGCAAUUGUGUUGAGUUUCAUGAGAGAUUCUCCCGAUAAACGACUGGUGUGUGAAUUUGAUAGGCUGUUCUUCAUUGUAGAGAGAUUGAGUGAAACACUGCAGGACUUGAACACAUGUGUCCACCAAGGAACAUUAGAAAAACUGAAAUAUUUCGUAGCAUGUGGCAAGGAAUGCCUGUUUAUUAUUGAUAGGAAAAGAAAACAAUUUCCAAAGUGCCAUUGA